CACUGCGUCCUGACGUGGCAGUGCCGCUACGGCCAUGUUGAGCGCUACGUCAGCGAUCUAAUGGGUUCCCUGAGCUUGUGAACAGACCUAGAAAACCCCGUUGAGAAAAUCGAAGAGGCUUUAGGUGGUUGUUGAAGGGUGCCAUGACAACCUUCCCAGAGUUCAUUCAGCAGAAUGAGGACCGUGAUGGGGUGCGCUUCAGCUGGAACGUCUGGCCCUCCAGUCGACUGGAAGCCACGCGUAUGGUGGUGCCAGUCGCUUCUCUCUUCACCCCGCUGAAAGAGCGCCCAGAUCUUCCCCCAAUCCAGUAUGAACCAGUGCUGUGCAGCAGAGCCACGUGCCGUGCCGUACUGAAUCCUCUAUGCCAAGUGGAUUACAGAGCCAAACUGUGGGCUUGUAACUUCUGUUAUCAGAGAAACCAGUUCCCAUCUACUUAUGCUGGAAUAUCAGAGGUGAAUCAACCAGCUGAACUGCUCCCACAGUUUUCCACUAUCGAAUAUGUAGUCCAGCGAGGUCAUCAGAUGCCCCUGAACUUCCUGUAUGUGGUGGACACGUGUAUGGAGGAUGAGGACCUGCAGGCUCUGAAAGAGUCUCUGCAGAUGUCUUUGAGUCUGCUGCCCCCCACUGCCCUGGUGGGCCUCAUCACCUUUGGUCGCAUGGUCCAGGUCCAUGAGCUGGGCUGUGAGGGCAUCUCCAAGAGCUACGUCUUCAGAGGAACCAAAGACCUCAGUGCCAAGCAGCUACAGGAGAUGCUUGGGUUGACCAAACCCACUGCAGCCCAGGCAGGUCGGGGCCAGCAGCAGCAGCAGCAGCCUGCUCUGCCCUCAAACAGAUUCCUACAACCCGUGCAGAAGAUUGAUAUGAACCUGACUGAUCUCUUGGGAGAGCUGCAGAGGGACCCCUGGCCCGUCACCCAGGGCAAACGUUCGCUCCGAUCACUAGGCGUCGCUAUGUCCAUAGCUGUCGGAUUGCUGGAGUGCACCUUCCCUAACACGGGGGCGCGGAUCAUGACCUUCAUCGGUGGUCCAGCCACCCAGGGCCCUGGCAUGGUGGUGGGGGACGAGCUGAAGACACCUAUCCGUUCUUGGCACGACAUAGAGAAAGACAACGCAAAGUUCAUGAAGAAAGCCACUAAACAUUACGAGGCUUUGGCCGGCCGAGCUGCAGCCAACGGGCACAUCAUUGACAUCUACGCCUGUGCGCUGGACCAGACAGGACUAGCAGAAAUGAAGUGCUGCACCAACCACACAGGGGGUUACAUGGUGAUGGCAGACUCCUUCAACACGUCCCUGUUCAAACAGACCUUCCAGAGGGUUUUCACGAAGGAUGUGCAGGGUGCUUUCAAGAUGGCUUUUGCUGGAACUCUAGAGAUUAAGACGUCAAGAGAGAUUAAGAUAUCUGGAGCCAUUGGCCCGUGUGUCUCCCUAAAUGCCAAGGGACCUUCUGUAUCAGAAAAUGAAAUAGGAACAGGUGGUACCUGUCAGUGGAAGAUCUGUGGCCUGGACCCCAACACCACGCUGGCUGUUUACUUUGAGGUGGUUAAUCAGCACAAUGCUCCGAUCCCACAGGGCGGUCGAGGGGCGGUGCAGUACGUGACCCAGUAUCAGCACUCCAGUGGACAGAGGCGCAUCAGGGUCACCACCGUCGCCCGGAACUGGGCGGAUGCUCAGACGCAGAUCCAGAACAUUGCUGCGUCCUUCGACCAGGAGGCUGCUGCCAUUCUCAUGGCCCGCCUGGCGGUGCACAGAGCUGAAUCUGAGGAGGGGCCCGAUGUCCUGCGCUGGCUCGACAGACAGCUUAUCCGCCUGUGCCAGAAAUUUGGAGAUUAUCACAAAGACGACCCCAACUCGUUCCGCUUCUCUGAGACUUUCUCCCUGUAUCCACAGUUCAUGUUUCAUCUGAGGAGAUCACCAUUCCUCCAAGUGUUCAACAACAGUCCAGAUGAGAGCUCCUACUACAGACACCAUUUUAUGAGACAGGACCUGACUCAGUCCCUCAUCAUGAUUCAGCCCAUCCUGUAUGCCUACUCCUUCAACGGGCCACCAGAGCCCGUCCUGCUGGACAGCAGCAGUAUCCUGCCUGACCGCAUCCUGCUGAUGGACACAUUCUUCCAAAUCCUCAUCUACCACGGAGAGACGGUGGCCCAGUGGCGGAAGGCUGGCUACCAGGACAUGCCUGAGUAUGAGAACUUCCGGCACCUGCUGCAGGCUCCGGUGGAUGACGCACAGGAGAUACUGCACACACGCUUCCCCAUGCCACGCUACAUCGACACUGAGCACGGCGGCAGCCAGGCUCGCUUCCUGCUGUCCAAAGUCAACCCCUCUCAGACCCACAAUAACAUGUAUGCCUGGGGCCAGGAGUCUGGCGCGCCCAUUCUAACAGAUGAUGUGAGUCUGCAGGUGUUUAUGGAUCAUCUGAAAAAGCUAGCUGUGUCUAGUGCUGCCUAGGUGCUUCUUUAGGCCCCUCCACCCCUCCACCCAGUAUCCUUCGCCCCUCCUACAUCAGCCAAGUAAUGUUGGGCAACCCUCAGAGAACCACAGCAGGACUGGCUUCUGGCCUGUCCACUUUUAUACGACAUUUCUGCUGCACCCAGGUCCGUUGUACAAGACCGUUUCUGUGCUGAGACUAAUGUAAGAAUGUCUCUGCCCAGACACUGAAUCAGUCCUCAUGAGUGAACUCAGUUGAUUAAAUAUAACAGGUGCGUCUCCUUUUCAUAACACUAAGCGUGAAUUUUGUCGCAGGUAUUCAGUAAGACACUAAUGGCAGUAGAGAUAUGUUUGAUAUAUUUAUGCUGGCAAGUUUCAUUUGACAUCAGUAAUAAGAUCCAUAUUAAACAAUGAGGGGGUGUUCAGUAUUAAAGUUUCCCUCCAACUGAGCUAGAUUGUUUUGCUAAAUAUAGUAAUGCUUUCGGGAGCUUCAUGGCUGCCUCAUGCCCCCAUCUCAAGAUCCCUCUAAUUCUGUGAAAUAGUCUUCCAUUCUGGUCCAUACCAUGGUCUCCAUGUGAUGCAGGAAUGAAAAGUUCUGGCUGUGAACAUGCAGGCCUGCGGAAUAUUAAAUCUGCCUUAGUCGCUGAUGUUCUGCUAGUUGUGUCUCAUUUCUAACAGUAUUAUAGAAUAAUGUACCCCAUAUUUCUAAUAAAACUGAUCCAUCACCACA